UCCAAUCAGUCGAAAAAAUACUAAUUUCCGUUGUUUCUAUGCUUGCUGAACCAAACGAUGAAAGCGCCGCAAAUGUGAAUGCUGCAAAAAUGUGGAGAGAAGACAGGGAACAAUUUGAAUUGACUGCCAAUAAAUUGGUUAGAAGUACGCUUGGCUUUCCUAUUAAUCAACAACAACAAAAGGUUUUGGAAGCGUCAAUAUCUUCUUAA